CAGUCAGUUGGUAAUUUGUGUGUUUCUAGGAAUUUAUUAAUUUCCUCUAAAUUUCCAGUUUUUUGAUGUGGAAUUGUUUGUAAUAUUGUCUGAUAACCCUCUUAUUUCUGUUAGGUUGGUAGUAAUGUCUCCAUUGCUGAUUUUAUUAUUUUGAGUUUUCUUUCUUUUUUGUCAGUCUAGCUAAAGAUUUGUUAAUUUUGUUGAUUGUUUUCAGAGAUACAAUCUUUGGUCUUGUUCACUAUAUUUUUCUAUUCCAUUCAUUUGUCUUUCUAAUCCUUUUUAUUUCCUUCCUCCUGCUGGAGACAAAGACCAAAAUACUAUAUCACAGGAUCACAGGGAUAGAGACAAACAGAGGGAACACUUUGUGAUGACGGAAGCAGAGAUUGGAAUAAUGCAGCUUCAGUCCAAGGAAUGUCAGGGAUCCUUAUCAUUUGAGGAUGUGACUGUGGGCUUCACCCAGGAGGAGUGGCAGCAGCUGGACCCUGCUCAGAGGACCCUGUACAGGGACGUGAUGCUGGAGAACUACAGUCAUCUCAUCUCAGUAGGAUAUUGCAUCUCUAAACCAGAGCUGAUCUUCAAGUUGGAGCAAGGAGAGCAGCCAUGGGUGUUAGAGAAAGAGUCCCCAAGCCAGGACUACCCAGAAGUCUGCAGAGUUUAUUGCCAACUAGAGCAGAGUCAAGAAAUCCAAGACAGAUAUGUCUGGCAAGCUCCAUUUAUCAGCAACAAAACACUGGCUAUAGAGAAAGGUAAUGUAUUAGGAAGAGUGUUUAAUUUUAGCCCAGACCCAGUUCCUUCCAUAAAAAUACCCUGUAUAUGUGACACAAGUGCUAUGAGUUUGAAAUACAGUUCAGAAUUUAUUAUUGAGGAAAACUAUGUAAGAAGGAAGUCUGAUGCAUACCUCAAUGCAUAUGGAAAAUUGUUUUUUCAUGUUAACUGUGAAAGAACUCAUAUGGGAGAGAAACCUCAUGAAUUCAUUCAAAAUGAAAAGUACCUCAGUCAUAAUGAAGACUUCAUUCCAUGUCAGAAAAUUAAAAAUGUAGAACAAUCUUUUGAAUAUAAAGAAAAUGGGAAAGAUUUCCAUGAGAAGACAGUUUUCAUCACAUAUAAACACACUCACAUAGGACAGAGUCCUUGUGAACGUAAUGAAUGUGAUAAAACAUUCUGUAAUUAUUCAACUCUCAUGGCCAAUGAGAUGGCACAACAAAGAGAAGAUCUUUAUAAGUUUAAUGAAUAUGGUAAAACCUUUGAGACAUUAUCUCUUUUGAAAUGUAGAAUUCAUCUGAAAGUUAAAGAUUGUGAUUGUAUUGAAGGAGUGGAUAAUUUCAGCAGAUUAACCUUUCCUAAUGCAGGAGACAGAACAUUUGAAUGUAGCAACUUGAGGGGACCUUUCUGGGAGAAGUCAAUUCUUAAUGUAACUCAGAGAACAUGCAUAGGAGACAAAGCCUAUGAAUGUAAUGAAUGUGGAAAAGCAUUCUGUGAAAAGUCAAAACUCACCAAACAUCAGAGAACACGUACAGGAGAGAAACCUUAUAAAUGUAACGAAUGUGGGAAAUGCUUCUCUAGGAAAUCCCUUCUCACUUUACAUCAGAGAAUCCACACAGGAAAGAAACCCUACAAAUGCAAUGAAUGUGGGAAAUCCUUCUCUAGGAAUUCACACCUCAUAAUUCAUCAGAGAACUCACACAGGAGAGAAACCCUAUGAAUGUAGUCAAUGUGGGAAAAGCUUCUACCAUAAGUCAUAUCUUACAGUACACCAGAGAAUUCACACAGGGGAGAAACCUUAUGAAUGUAAUCAAUGUGGAAAAACCUUUAUAAGCAACUCAGUUCUCACAAUACAUCAGAAAACACACACAGGUAAGAAACCCUAUGAGUGUAAUCAAUGUGGGAAGUUCUUUCCCAGGAAUUCAUACCUUACAAUACAUCAGAGAACUCACACAGGUGAGAAACCCUAUGAAUGUAAAGUAUGUGGGAAAACCUUCUGUCACAAGUCAGAUGUCAGUAAACACCAGAAAACUCACAUCGGGGGGGGGGAACCCUAUAAAUGUAAUCAGUGUGGGAAAACCUUUAGUCGAAACUCAGGCCUAAAAGUACAUCAGAGACCCCACACAAAGGAGAAACCCUAUGAAUGUAAUGAGUGUGGAAAAUCUUUCUCUGAGAAAUCAGUCCUCACGGUGCAUCAGAGAACACACACAGGGGAAAAACCUUAUGAAUGUAAUGAAUGUGGGAAAACCUUCUACAAUAAGUCAGAUCUCACUAAACACCAGAGAACUCACACAGGGGAGAAAUCCUAUGUGUGUAAAAAAUGUGGGAAAACCUUCUGCCAUAGGUCAGACUAUACAGUACAUAAUGGGGCACACAGAGGGGAAAAGUCUUAUCACUGUGAUCAGUGUGGGAAAACCUUCACUUGCAAUUCAGUCCUUAGAUCACAUCAGAGAACUCACACAGGGGAGAAGCCCUAUGAAUGUAGUGAGUGUGGGACAUCUUUCUCUGAGAAAUCAGUCCUCACUGUACAUCAGAGAAUACACACAGGGGAAAAACCUCAUAAGUGUAAUGAAUGUGGGAAGCCCUUCUGUCGUAAGUCAGAUCUCACUAAACAUCAGAGAACACACACAGGAGAGAAACCCUAUGAAUGUAAUUAUUGUCAGAAAACCUUCAGUUGCAACUCAGAUCUCAAAGUACAUCAGAGAAGACACAUAAAGGAGAAACCCUAUGAAUGUAUUCAGUGUGGGAAAACCUCUAAGAAAUCAGUUCUCACAGUCCAUUCAAAAUUAUACUCGGGGAAGAAAUCUUAUAGCAGUGAGAAAAAUAUUUAGCGACUCAUACCUGAAAAUAGUAUGGAGAAGUCACACAGGAUGUUACCCUCUAUGAAUAUAAAGUUGCAAAUUUUUCACCCUAAGUGAUAUUCUAGAGUAAAUAAAGAGUACCCAUAGAGGAAAUUAUUAUGAAUAUAAUGAAUGUCUGAAAAUAUUAAUAAGACAACUAAAAGUGAAUACAUGUAGAAAAAACUUUAUUAAUGUAUUUAGGAAGUGUGGGAAAAUAUAAGUAUGGGCUUAUCAAACAAAUAAUUUUGUAGGGGAUAAUUCUGUGAAUCAAAUGGAUGUAGGAAAGUGUUCUUCCAGAACUUGGCCAUUGCUAACAAUCAGAUAAACUACACUUGGGAAAAACUGUCAAUAACUUGUAUUUUUUGAGACCUUCAUACACAAGUUGUACUCAUUGUAUGUCAGGGAAUAACAAGGAAGCUAUGCAAAGAAUACAGCAAGUGUAGUUGAGCUUAUAUCAAGAAAUGCCAUUUUACUGAAUAAGACAAUUGAUGUUAGAUGAGGUCUUCAAAAUGUUUUGAAUGUGAAGGCUUUAACAAAAUUCAGACUUUAUUAUAUCUGAAGAUUGUAUUGGAGGAUGUCUGUCCAUUUAGGAAGUAGGGACAGAAAUUUUCCUUUAGAUAUGAUGUUAUUCUAAAAGUUAUGUUUUGCACUGAUUUCAAUUUUUUAAAUAGAAAUAAAACUGAAAAUAGACAUGAAAAUAUUAACUGUGGAAUAUGAAGGAAUAGUACAUGGAAUAUGGACUUUUUAAAAGCACAAAUAUGUUGAAUAAUCUCAGUUUCUGAUUCCACUUUUAGAGAAACGCAUGUCAGCCCAUGGCCUUCCGCUUUAUGAGCCAUCACAUGUUUUUAAUGAGUUUUCAUCCCGGCUGUGCUGUCACCCCUGCAAACACAGUCAGUUCUGCAUAUCUGUGUCUUCCUGUCUGUGGUUCUAUGGUUGAUUGAAUUCUCAAUGCAGAACCCAAGGAUACGGAGGGCCUGCUGUAAGGGACUUGAGCAUCAGCUGAUUUUGGUAUUUGAGGGGGUGCUCUUGAGCCAAUCCCUAGCAGAUACUGAGGGAUGACUGUAGUGCCUAAUGGUCUGAUUCAUCCUGGGGCCGACCUCUAGGGAAUCUCAGCGUAGACUAGAUCUCAUCAGAACAAACACCAGGGGCAGCUUUGAGGCUGCAUCUACCUCCUCUCCUUAGGUUCAGUAACUGGAAAGCUGAGUGUGUGAAUGAAGCUAGAAUACUGCCUGGAAUACUCUAGAACAUGUGACCUCAACGCUCCAAUUCAGAUUUACAGGAAGCUUUUCAUAGCUUCCUUUUGAAGCUAAGCCUGUUGACCCAAUUACAGCCCACCCUUUUAGGGGAGGGAAACUUGGUAUAGUUGUAGUGAGAUAUUUCAUGCAUAUGUCCAAUUUUGAGUCAGAUAUAACCAAUGAGUGUACCCGUUGCAGGUUGGAAGUAAAGUAUUACAAGAAGAGUUCAUGCAUCUGCAUACUGUCCUCA